AUUCUACAAGCGAUGGUUUGAAGUGUUGAUAGAAAAUUUUCUACUUCUUAUUCAGAUAGGAACGAAACAGUAGUAUGUGUCUAGUAUUUGUUUGUUCACAUUAAUUCGAUGGAUCUGGUCGUCAAUGUUUAUUUGGCUUAUUUGAAGUUAUAUAAAGAAGAAUGGAGUGUGGUGCUUGCAUGAAUGUUACAGCCCAGCAGUUUCUACAUAAUUUGGAGGCCGAAAAGUUGGAAACUGUUGUGUUUGAUGACGUUCUCAUAUGUUAUUCAAAUAAUAACAAAGUUGUAGGGUCAUAUGAGUGUCGAGUUACGAAUAAGGAUCUAGAUAUGAAAGGGCUCCUUGUGAAAACGUCAAUUAGAACCAUGCUAGGGGAAAUACAUAGCACUACGACACUUGAAGCAAAUAUAACUUCCUCUCUUGAGACAAUUUCCCAAACAAAAUUAGAAACCAUUGUGAUGAACGGAAGUGUUGUGGAAAGAAAGUCUACCAUCGAACUUGUUGAGAAUGUGUAUGAAAUCGGUUGUACUGAAUCAGUGAAUGGAGAAAUUAAGUUUUCAACAAAGAAAAACUUAGCCCAAUCUAAUGUAUUAGGGUUAAUUGCCGAGGGUUCGGAUUUGAUUUUUCAGCGAAUUUUGGUUAAAUCUGCUUUUUCUGUUCCUUUCGAGGUUAUUGGUUUAGAUACAGAUUAUAAUCUAGCCACGGUGUCCUAUAUUGAUCUUGGAGAAAGAAACGUAUCCAUCGGAAAUAGUGAAAUAUCAUUGAGAGGAAUCCAGAGGACUGUGCAUUCUCAAAAAGCCCUUCCGUCAUCCUGGCAAACUUACUUUAUGCAGGACGGCCAUAUGAUACUAAGAAUACAAGUUGGCUCUCCGAUCACCAUAAAGGCGAACGCCAUACCUGAAUUGUUCAAAAAAGAAAUGUAUUUGCCUAAACCAGUCGUCACAAAGGUUUCCUUAAAUUGGGAAGAUGAUCUGGAACUUUAUUCGCGUUUUUUAGACCGAAAGGAUGAAAUCAAAGCUCAAUAUCUUUUAUAUCUGCGCGAUCACCCAGAGAUACAUGAUAUGAUUUCUGACUUUAUUAAAUCAUUAUUACUUCAUAAACCAGAUGAGGUAGUGAAAUACGCUUCAGAAUACUUCAAGAGUUUUUCAGCUCGCGCGUUACCGAGUAGAAUAUUUUCUGUUAAAACUGUAUAAGUGUAAUUACUUUCUAUCAGGACAUAUGUUAUUUAUUUUGUUUUUUUUCUUCAGACGUGUUUAGACCGUUUAUUUUUUCCUUAUUUACUUGAAUAUCAGGUUUCCCAUCUUUGUUCUCACCCAGUGUCCUUUAGUAACUGCAUAAUUAAUUUCUGAAAAUAUAUAUUAUUUUGGUUGUUUGCCUUGACAAUGUAGGUGUGAUAACCUAGGAAUUCUUUUAAAUAAGUUUCAGAAAUAUCAUCAGAUUCACAAAGUUGUAAUUAAUUCAAUGACUUGAAAUAUUUCCGAAAAUCAUUUUCAGCAAACCUUAAUAAAGAAAUAAGAGAAAAGGCCUGAAAAUUGGUAAAAUAGAUGUCUAGUAGUAUCUCUGAAAUAAUUCUAAGGCUCAUCGUGGAAGAGUAGUUAUAUAAGCGCGACAAUGAUUUCUCUCUGACAAAGUUAUAUAGCUUACAUAACAUAAAAUUAUUUUACAAACGGCGUGCCUUAAUAAUGUGUAAAUUUGAAUUCCAGGUAGAAAAUGUAUUCUCUUACAAUACACUACGAUGAUAAAUUUCGACGGUGAAGAAUUCAUAUAUAGAACCUAAUUUGAACGGCGGUCAUAAAGUUCUUAUCGACUUUAACUGUAUUAUUAUUAACUUACAACCAUGUUGGAAAUUACGUUGAUACACGAUAACUCUGUUUUUAUAUUGACUUAACUACUGAUACAAGUAGGUAACAAAAUAAAUAUGCUCCACACAAAUAAGAAAAUGAGUUUUUGGGAGAUGGGGAGAGGCGAGGAAGCAUUGUCGAAUAAAUAAAUGAAAAAAACAAAUUAUAAUAGGGGAGACUAGUCAGUUCGAAAAAUACAAAUAAAAAGCACUUUUUUCAGUUAAGGAAGUUCCUUUGGCUUUUACCAGGAAUUUAAAAUGAAACUACAGAACGCCCGUCAUUGACUUUUGUUGUGAGCCAUGCCUGAUAACUUUUUAAGUCAAUGGCUAUACUACCUCUAAGAUCCGAACAUAGGAAUCGUGAUAAACCAGCAGUUGGCUUCUUUCAUACCGCUCCUCCAUGUCAUAUAUUCAACACUUAUCUAUUUCUGUGUAGGUUCAGAGUCGGCAAAGAAACCAAAAUGUAGAUCUCGCUGUGAAAAAAUUCUUAGCACGUGCCAAAGCCAGCGAGGCCGGUAUUUCAUGGUGGGGACCAACUGAAUUAUUGCCACUUAGCCCUAAUACAAACGAUUGGACUCCAAGAUUACCAGUGGUAUUCUCACUAGUUAUCUGCACUCCUUUGGAGACAACAGUCAUCAAACAGAAAGUUACCAAACAAUCAACUUGGGGAGGCCGGGUUUUAAGAGCUUGAACCAAAACUGCUCUCACAAACGCGUCGUAGACCUGGUCUUUUACAGCCGGACUAACAUCAUAAUGAC